AUGAUACGACGUCUUCGCAAAGGGGCGAAAAUAUCGGGAAAGCGCUAUGCGAUCACAGCAACGAUCCAUAGUCUUCGCUUCUCUGAAUCGAUUCCUUGGCACUCGUCCAAGGUUUGGUAUCAUGAGAAUGCUCGAGAGUGUGCGGAGCUAGACUCCAACUUUCAGGAAGUUGCAAUCUUGUGGAAGCGCAAGUCUGGCAAGGAAGUCAUGUCGUCAUGGAAACCAUGUUAUGAUGUACAUCUCAUGGUGGCCAACGAAAAACCCACCCAGCACAAGCUUAUCUGUUGGGACGAGGACAUUUCUCUUGCCCUCAUGCUUUACCCGGUAGACUUGAAGCGCAUGCUGGAGAAGUCGACAACCUUCACCCUGAUGGGGCGCGCUUUUCUCAGCUCCAAUAGCAAAGCGAUAGCGAGUGCAAAGGUUGACGUGGCGAAGCUCCAUGAUGGCUGUGCGACCAUGGAGUUAGAGCUUCAGAUUGAGCACAAGCCCCUGGGCAGAUUGAUGCUAACGCUCUUGGCGAAACCUCUCCUAGAAGACAACCUGGUGUCCCCGGAAAGACCGUUUCAACGAUGUGUAUCAAGUCCAGAUCACACUUCGACGAUCCAAACAGAUCCCAUCGAGGACAGUGUGCACAGUGUUGUAAGUGAGACGAGUGAGAGUGCGGAAGAGAAGAGUCCGGAGAUCCCCAGCAUGAGUGUUGCUCGGCGACCGCGGAAGACGGCGAGCUUUCCUCUCCGCAUGCAUGCGCACGAGACUCUGGCCACGUGCGAGGACAAGGAGGAGGACAUCAGGCCCUCGUCAGGAUUCCUCUCUGCCCUGUCAAAGACGAUCCCAAGUUUCCAGUCCUUCCGUGCGAUCAUGGGCAACCCCUCAGAUGUCGUCGACACGACGCAGUCAGCAGAUGCUAGAGGUAGAGAGAACGUCAAGCCCAACAACAUCCCCGACAAGGAGGCAGAGGAUGCGGGCAAGCCCGGACUCGAGGAGCAACUGGUGAGAAGCCCCGAGCUGAAGGCGCUGCUGAGCUCCAGCCACCCGGAAGUCUGCAUUGAGGUCUUAAAGCUAAGGAAAGAGGUGGAGGAGCUGAAGGAGAAAGCUCAACACCAGGAGAACGAGAUUGAAAGACUCAAGGAGAAGAAUCAAGUGAAACCGCAAGUGUCGGACUGGAGGUGA